AUUUUUGAAAUCCGCGCCGUCUUGUCUGUUUGCUCGUUGAAACUGUCGAGAGAAAAGGUUUGGUAGCGGGCGCAGGGGGCGAUUUCUGACCUCCCUCGUCGCCGGCGGGGACUUUCGCUCGUGCCGCCGCUUUCCGCCUCCUUUUUGUUCGCCCUCACCGUGUUGUGCGAUUCAGCGGUAGGAGCGGGCGUUGCUGGAUCUAGUCUCGUCGGCGGCCAGCAUUGAUUUUGCUCUCGUCGGAGAAGACAGGAACGGGAGUCUCCAUUCGUGCUCGUGGAUGUCUUCUUGAGCUGUGUUGUGAUGACUGUGGGGGAAUUAUAUUUAUGAUCCAAAGCUCUGGCGGCCUCUUUAUGUGACUCUUAUCCCAAACCCAGCCCCACAACCGAGACAAGCUUAAUAAUGCCUUAAGUAGGUCAAAUUCUGCGCCCAGUAAUGAAAAACCAUCUGAACCAAGAUAAGCCUAAUGAAAAACCAACUUGUGUGCCUGUCGUCCAAAUCAUCGAUUCAAAUGAUUGCAAGAACCAAGACAUCCAAAUGUUUGUUCCUUCUUUCUGUUUAUCUUGUUUUAAAUUGCACUCCAUUAAUCUAAUAGCAUUUUCUUUUGGUGGAUAGCUGCUGGCUCUUCAGUUGCAUUGCUUUUCUAAAUUAAUUGUACUGUUUCUUGAAAUUGCAGCAACCACACCUUUUAUGCUGUUGUCACAAGUUUUUAUGAAAGAAAAUCUGAUGCAUGUUUCCAAUAAGCCAAUCUCUGGACACUAGGUUUUACCACAGCCUAAAUCUUAUCGGGCAUUCAAAUUUGUCGAUCUGAUCCAACUAGGGUGUGUGUGUUAUCUUCCUAACUUGAACAUUUUUUGUUCUCUCAUUGAUGGCUUGCCAAACAGCAGCACAACUUACAUUCUGCAUAUGUGCCAUUGCACUGUUGUUAUAUGCACUAACUUGUGUCUCUAACUGAUGCACUCUCAAACGAUAGCGCAUUUUAAACUCUGUCUGAGUGCAAUCGCACUGUCGUCUGUCAUUAAUUGCAAUUGCAAUUUUUCUGUCCCGACUAGUGGGGUUAUAUUAGCCAAACUUGAACAUUUUGUUCUCUUUUUUGAUGCACUUCCAAACAAUAUCGCAUUUUUACAGUCUGUUUUAGCUCAAUCACACUGGCGAGAUUUGUUAAUUGCAACUGCAAUUUUCUAUCCUAGCUAGUGGGGUUAUUUUUGCAUAACUUGAACAUUUUUGUUGUCUUUCUUUAUGCACCCACAAACAGUACUGCAAGUUAUACUCUGGCUUUGCACUCUUGAUUUUCAGUAAUUGCAAUUUUUCUGUCCCAACUAGUGUGGUUAUAUCCCCUAAUUUGAACAUUUUAUUUCUCUUUUUUUAUGCACCAACAAAUACUGCAAGUUAUACUCUGUCCAAGUGCAAAUGCACUCUUGGUUUUCAUUAAUCGCAUUUUGAAAUUAAUCUGUACCAACUAGUGAGGUUAUAUCCCCUAACUUGAAUAUUUCGUUCUCUUUUUUUAUGCACCGACAAAUACUGCAAGUUAUACUCUGGCCAAGUGCAAUUGCACUCUUGAUUUUCAUUAAUCGCAUUUUGCAAUUAAUCUCUACCAACUAGUGGGGUUAUAUCCUCUAACUUGAACAAACAAUACAUUUUGUCAAUAUUGAACUUCAACACACAGAAUGCACUUUAAUUUAUGGGGUCAGCAUCUAAGGCUAAGUUAUGCUACUUAAGUUCUAUGUGUUAAAACUUGUUUGUUGUCCCCCUUUGUUGAAAUAGAAAUAUAUCUGCCAACCUUGAGGAUCAAUUAGACAGUUCAACCUUUUCAUUUUUGUGGGGGAAUGGGGUGUAUGUGUGGGGAUUAAAAGUCCCAAAUUUCUGGAGAGCCAACCCCAAAAGUUUUUGACUGUUUCCUAUGAAUGUUCCUGGCUGUAUGUAUCAUUUUAUUUGGCAAACAGGACACCACAAUUAUGGAUCUAUCCCUGCUGUAUAAAGAGCUGGUCAAGUGAAGCUAGAUAUUACUCGAGUCAGCAACGAAGAGGAUGGAGAAUAGCGUGAUCGUCAUCCCGCCGCGGUCGGUUGCCGUGGCCGCCGCCGCGCCAUCGUCAUCCCCGUUGCCGGCUCUGGAUUGCACGCACGCUGAUAUGUUGCCGUCGGUCCUCAGAUUAGAUGCUCCAGCUUUGAGUGAUGCUGUUGGUGGCCAUCGUGGAGAAGAGGAACAACAAAUAGCACAUGUUGGAUCAGUGGAGAAUGAAGUACGGAAUGAGGUAAAAAAAAUAUAAGUAACAAACUUGACAAAAUAUAUAUAUUUUUCUUUUGUUAUAGUACACCUUUAACUGACAAUUCAAAUGUACAGGAGGUGGUUGAUAAAUCUGGACAAAAUUUGAUCACACCUAAAGUUGGAAUGACUUUUGAAUCUGAGGAAAAGGCUUAUGAGAUGUACAACACCUAUGCUGGACAGGUUGGGUUCAGUGUUAGAAAGAGCAAGACGAAGCACUGCCUAGAUGGUAGUUUAUGUCAGAAACAUCUAGUUUGUAGUAGCUAAGGAUAUUGAGAAAAUGAGUCAUCACAAAAGAAUAUCACAAGGACCGGUUGUGAUGCUCGUGUUCAGUUUAGUAUCAACAAAGAGAGGGUUUGGACAGUGCAAAAGGUCGUAUUAGAUCAUAACCAUUAUCUUGCUAGUCCAAAUAAGUCACAUAAGCUAAGGUCCCAACGAGAGGUUAUAGAGGCAGAUAGGAAAUUAAUUGGGCAGAUACGGCGGGCUGGAAUGAAGCCAUUCCAAGUUUUUGAUUUCAUGAAGGAGCAUUAUGGAGGGGAAGGCAAAAUACCAUUUUCUAAGAUGGAUUCCUAUAAUGAGAUAGGUCGCGAGCGCAGACAGUACUUAGAAGCCAAUGAUGCAUAAACAUUAUCUGAAUAUCUGAGAAAUAAAUAGUUACAGGAUUCUACAUUUUGUUCAGGUGGACAAGGAAGAUGGUCGUAUAGCAAAUUUCUUUUGGGCAGAUGGCCAGUCUAUCAUGGAUUACAAAUGCUUUGGUGAUGCUGUGUCCUUUGACACCACAUUUCAAACUUGUUAGUUUGAAAUGCCUUUUGCUUCGAUUCUUGGCACCAACCAUCACAAACAAACAAUAAUUUUUGGGUGUGCACUUAUAUUCAAUGAGACUAUUGAAUCAUUUGUUUGGCUCUUUGAGACCUUUCUAACAGCAAUAUCUGGAAAGCCCCCAAGCACAAUUUUCACAGAUCAAGACGCGGCAAUGGCAGCAGCAAUUGUUUAUGUAUUCCCAAAUACAACCCACCGUCUUUGUUUGUGGCAUAUUGGCUUAAAUGCAGCUAAACAUCUUGGUCAUGUAAUUCAUGCUUCAGAAGACAAGUCAGAGAACAAGUUCUGGACAGAUUUCAAAAGAUGUAUCUACGAAGACAGGGAAGAGAUUUACUUCACACAGAAAUGGCAUGAAUUGUUGGCUAAAUACAAUCUUGAGAAUAACUCAUGGAUGGCAAACCUAUAUGCUUUGAGGGCAAAGUGGGCUGCGGUAUACCGUGACUCUUUUAUAGCAGACAUGAACUCUAUCCAAAGGAGCGAAGGUAUGAAUAAUGUCUUCAAGAAAAGAUUUCAUAGGAAACUCGGUCUUUCAGAACUCCUUGUAGAAUGUGAGAACGUUGCAGUUAGUCUAAUGUCAAAUGAGUUGGAUGCUGAUUUUAAGUCACGUCGAAAGACCCCAGUUUCCUACAUUCCAAAUCUACCUAUGUUGAAAACUGCAGGUGAAUCAUAUACAAGGAGAAUGUAUUCGGAGUUUGAGGAAGAAUUUAAAAAACAGUUUACAUUGUCUUGUGAAUUGUUAGAAGCUGCGGGGACAAACUCGACAUUCUUUGUUAAGUAUAUGCAAUCUGACCGUGGAGCAACAGUAGUAUUGAAUACUGAAGAUUCGACCAUUACAUGCUCUUGCCGGAUGUUUGAAUGCAUAGGUAUGUUUACUACUCCGUAUUAUCUUACAGGUUGUUUCAAUUGUAUUUUGUAUCCUGUAAUAUAGGGUGUUUAAAUUGGCAACUAUAUCUUACAGGUUUAUUGUGCAAACAUGCUCUUAGAGUCUAUAUAUGAAUGGAGUAUACAAUUUGCCAUCGCAAUAUAUACUGCCUAGAUGGACAAAAUAAGCUAAAAGUGGAUUUUAUAUUCAGAAACCAGGAACUGAGGAGGCAGAUUUGAAAACACAGGCAGCACUUUUAUCUCGACAGGCCACAUCUCUUGCAUUGAAGUGUUCGUCGUCAAAACAACUUCUUGAUAAGUUGCAGAAAGCCAUGCAUGACUUGAACUUGGAAGCGGAUACUUAUCUAAGUGAGAUGCAUGAAAAAUCCAAUGAGAUCCCUCCUAUUCCAAAUGAAUGUGUCCGAGAACCAUUAAAUGAUGUAAUAUCAUUCAAAAUUCCUCAAGUAAUAAAAGGUCCAAAGAAGACACGUAUUAAAAA